GGGGGUGGUAGGCGUGACCUGUGACGCAGUUCCGCUUCCGCCUGGGCGUAGCGGGUGGCGGUGGUGCUGCGGGCCGCCGCCUCGCUCCGGGCCUGCGCCGCGCCGGGCCGCGCUCCUCCCGCCCAGCAAAAUGUCUGGAACUGAUGAUUUUUCGUUGGCAGAUGCUUUACCAGACCAGUCGCCUGCUAAAACCUCCAAAGUGAGCAGCACAAAACCUGGUCAACAGCCCGGUCAGCCACCGCAGGGUUGGCCAGCUUCAAAUCCUUGGAACAACCCAAGCGCUCCCCCUACGGCACCAACCGGACUGCCACCAAAUACGUCCGCUUCCAGCGUGCCAUUCGGACCUCCACCAACAGGAAUGUAUCCUUCAAUGCCCCCGGGACCGCCUGCUCCAUUUCCUCCUCCUCCUACUGGACCCUCUUGCCCUCCUCCUGGUGGUCCAUAUCCACCCCCAACUGUGCCAGGUCCUGUCCCACCAGGGCAAUAUCCUCCACCAAAUAUGCCCUUUCCAGAGCUUCCAAGACCUUAUGGUGGUCCAACAGAGCCAGCUGCACCUCCUGCUCCUGUUGGGCCAUGGGGAUCCAUGCCCUCUGGAGCAUGGGGACCAACAAUGGGAGGGCAGUAUCCUGCACCUAGCAUGCCAUAUCCACCCCCAGGGCCAUAUUCCGCUCCUACCCAGACUCCAGGGGCUGCGCCAACAGUACCAUGGGGUACGGUUCCACCUGGAACAUGGGGACCUACACCGCCAGGUCCAUUUCCUCCACCCACAGGAUCAUAUCCAGCUCCAGGACUAUAUCCUACACCCCCUAAUCCUUUUCAAGUGCCAUCUGGUCCUGCUGGUGCUCCAUCAAUGCCUGGUGGUCCCCAUCCUUACCGUUGAACACAUUCUGGGCAACAAAAUACUGUAGCUUUCCACCUUCAUCCACUACUUACAGAGAUUUUUACAGUUUUUGUUUCAGUAACAUUUGGGGCUAUGAAGAAUACUUGCCUCUUGUAUGUGCAUUUGAGGUAUGAAGGAACAGUUUGCAUAAAUAUACCUUGCUUAUAUGCUGGCAUAAUUGUUUGGUUUCAUAAAACGAAUUACGAAGAGCAGAAAUAAAACUAACAUCUGUGGUUCUUAACUUUGGCAAGUAUUCCUUGGCAAAAUGGGAGUUGCCAAGUAAGGAUUAUAAAGAAUCAGGCCCAAGGACUAAAAAAAAAGUUAGUUCUUAAAUUUCCAUGAAUGCUUUAAGUCUUGUUGCCAGACUUGUGCUGGUCACUGAAUGGAUGGAUAGUCAUAUUUUGUCUGUUUUCAGGUUAUUCUAAAAUGUCAAUAAAAAGUGUUUCAAGAUAUUUGUCAAGAAACCUAAUCUUUGAACAUGCUACAGUAAUUCAAACUACAGAGACAGAGCAUGUGAACUUGAAGGUUUUCUCAGCAUUUUGUAUAUACUCAAAACGAUUGCUCAGUCUGGGACUACGGAAGAGAAGAUAACGCAUUUGAAAUACUCGGUCUGACUUGUCAGCACACUGUUUGUGUUCACAAACAGGCAUUUAUGUGCAGAUUAAGUAACCUGGAUUGCAGUUAACUUUGGAUCAACAAAUGUGAGUUUUGUGCAUGCAAAUGAGGACAUCGUUUUGCCAGUUCUCAUUCUGUGGUGGUUGGAAGUUUGGCUUGAUUUAUGUAAAGAGAGUCUGAUUCCCACUUAGGUAAGGUACUUCCCUAUUUCUAACCUGGGUUCUAGUCAUUUAAAGUUUGACUUUGCUGCUGGGUUAUGUAAACUCAGCAGACUUUUUCAGAGUCCCUGGAAACUGAACUUGAGCUUAAAAGAUCAAAAAAAACCCCAACCUGACAAUUCCCUUCCUGGCAAUUUUUGGCACGGCGUUUAGUUCGAUCAGCUACAAAGAUCCUUUGUAUCGUCCUUAUUGCCACAGCUGAGAACGAGGAGGUCUCAUCAGGCCUCCGCUGAAUAUUGUGAUUAGGAGAAGUCCUCUGUUCUCGGCUACGUGUCUGCAUACCUCACUGAGUAAGUGUAAUUAGGAUUAAUUGAAUGUCUAGAAGCCUGCACACUGCUGUCUAGCUGUCCCCCCUCUGAAGGGGUGCUGCAGUAAGUUUUCAUAUUGCCAUAUCUGUGCAAAGAGCACGCAAGGGGUUUGCUGCAAUGCUGGUUUAGCAUUACCAGGACACACAGCCACGUGUCAGUGAGGAGUUCCGGCACUCUUUGAGAUACUUCAUAGCCUAGGCUUUGACCAUGGAGAGUUUGUUUCAUCCACAGUUGGGGAUAUCCCAGCUUAGCCUCUGUAGGUAGAAUCGGGAACAAAUUUUGCUUAACUUGGUAGCUCAUUAGGGAGUCUUCGUAUCAUGGAACUGUGAAAUCGAUUUAAUUCUCUUCCAGUACCAUAUCGUGGCGUCCUGCAUGCAUGUGAUGGACUUAAAAACAAGUGGGGUGACCUGGUGGUGAUGCUUGUUAGUAGUCUCAGCCUUUAUGGCAAAGUCUUGCAAUCUUUUUUCCAGAAGAAAGCGGGCAGCCUAGCUGCGGCUGUUUUAAUCUAAUGUCAUGAAAGCUAAUAGCAAAGGUACGUGUAUUUUUUGUUUUAGGAAGACAAUACUGGAGCUGAACAAAAAUAUGUAACACUUCAGCUUAAAGCCCAGCAUCUGUAACCCCAGAAAUAGGAACCGAAAGUGCACAUUUUAUUAACCUUAAACAAGCUCCGGUUGCCCCUCCAAAGAACAGACUUGGCUUAGAACUUGGCAAGACUGAUGAAAAAUAAACAUAGAAGAACAUUGACUACAUUUGUUCAAGUGCUUUUUUUGAUACCUGCAGCCUUAGAUUACAAAUUGAUGUAAUGAAAAAAGCCCGCAUUUAUUCCAAAUGAAUGGAUCAUGCAGUAGCAGCCCUCCAGUUUGGAAUUGCACUGGCCGUAUGUCUUUGCAGGGAAUGGGAAGAGGUAGGAAAGGAUACAGCAAACGUAGCAAGUAAUGAUUUUUGGAAAGGGGGAUUUGUAAAAGUAACUAGACUUCUAGGUUCUUCCUGAAAUAGGCAGGAUUUAUUACUGGAACAUUUAGGCUAAAAUUCAGUAUAUAUGGGAUGUUUUUCAGUGUAUAUUCGUAUUUCUUGAAGUCAUGAAAACUGUUUCAUAACCCCUUUGUUUUUGUGAGCAAAGUUCUUUGCAUAGCAGUGAAAAGGAUAUACCUGUUAAUCUAUUGUGUAAAAACUCAAGUUGUCACUAUAUACCGUGUAGUAACUUUAUCACAUGUUAUGUCAAGUGUGAGCAACUUCUGGCCUGAAGCUUUUGCAAUGGAAUUUGUACAUUUCUAUGCAUCAUUUGAGUUAAAUUGCUGAGAAGUUCGUUUUGACUUGUGCUUUGAGAUUGACAUACUGCAUUUGUUUACAAUAUGAAAUAUAAGCAAUCACAUCUUUAAAGUAUAGAUUAUCACCUGCUGCUGUAUUUUCUUUAGAUGAAACAAAUAUUGCUGUAUGAUAGUGAGAAGCUAUAAAUACAGGAUUUGAUAUUUUUUUGAAAAUGCUGUCACUUUUGUAUAAGAUUAGACAUUAAACGUAUUUUCAAGAC